CGUAUUCUCUUUCUUUUCUUAUUUUAUUUAUUAUUGUUAUUUUUUAUUCUGACCGGUUGUAUUAUUCGUAAUCUAAAAAAGAGAUUUGUUUUUCAUUUUUCAUCAAUCCACUGGCACGUUUUCGCCAAAAAACAUAUAAUUUAUACACCGUAAUAUAAUAAUGGAACUAUGACUCUCGACCACCACGCGCCUAUAGUAAACCUUGAAAAGCCCGACUCGACGUCCAUGACCAUGCUGGCGUGGUCUCAACGACAGCUUCAGAGUUACGUCGAUCUAAGCUUGAUUCACCCUAUUCGUGAUCUCUGCCAAGCAUGGCAGGAUGGCGCGGCUUUUUUGUGCCUGGCUCAUCGGUUCUGCCCAGAAACGGUACCUAAUCUCGUCAGCAUUAUCCACGACAAAGAUCCUCAACGCAACCUGGCCACCGCUUUUCGGUUAUUGCAAGAUCGGUUCCAAGUGUCACCGUGUGUUUCGAUGGAUACCCUCGACAGCGAUACCAUCACCGCCUAUCUGGGCCAACUGCGUGAAGUCAUUGACCGAGAAGAUUAUUCAUGCCAAGUGCAAAUACUCACCAAUCCAACGUAUCAGGAGAUGCCGGAUGAAUUCGAAAAUCGUGCAGCCUUUGUCUCUAAUAAAAUAUCACAGUUACAGCAUGAUCUCACCCAAUUAAUCUCGCUCGGCUCGAGAUCCAUCCGUGAUAGUGACACCAGCACCCGUAGCAACGCUACCCUCCAUCCUGUCCCUUCGUCAUCCACCCGUUCCUCUUCCCUAAACGAUACUCCCGACGAUCACCAUGUUGGCAACUCGCAGCAUGACGUGACUAAUGAUUUGAACCCAUCGGUUGAUGAAAAAGUGGCUCAGGCACCGUCAGCCCCGCUCCAGGAUGAUCUCGCCACGCUCACCCAAUUCGAAACCGAUCUUUCGACGCUGGAAAACAAAGACUUACCGGAAUUGCACGCCUACGUGCAAAGUAUGCCUGAAGAAAUGCGUCAUCACCCGACGGUUUGCGCUCGAAUGCAAGCGAUCGAGGUCGCGCAUACAGCUUUUGACUUGCAGUUACAGAAAGGUGCCGCCGAAUUGGACGCUUACCGCAGCCAUCUCAUCUUUAGUCACAUCUUUGCACCGAUUCGGAAUGAUCUGGAAUUUAUUCAAGCCAAAAUGCUGAAAACCACGACAACCGACCUCGGCAUCCAAGAUCUCGAGGAACGUGCUCACAAUGCAGGAUUGGUGAUUGACCGCAUCCGAUCGCAGCAUGUGGAUUUGUUGACAAGUUCACGUGCCGAGGAUCGAGCGUAUCGUGCCCACUUUGAUGUGCUCGUGCAGAAGUACAAGUUGAUUUGUUCUUGGGUGGAUGAUGUACGUAUCUGGUUUGUGGAAGCGGAGCGGAUUCGUCAGUGGAUUGAGCAACGCAUUGAGCACUUGGAGGCAAAAGGCGCGCUCGACGCGUUGAACGAGGUCGAAUUCGAGUUUACCAUGGAACAAGUGGACCAUCUGAACUCCGAGCACGAGAUGUUGGAAAAAGAGGUGGAAGAAUUUGACAAGGAAGACAUGACACGGUUACGAGCUCAUGUGAAGGCUCUGACGGGCACCGAACGCGAAAAUAAGGACUUGAGUCCAGCCGACACCACCACCAUUGAAAUUACAUUUACAACGCUCAUGACCCUCGAUCGCCUCAUCCAUCUACUCCGACGACGAUCGUACGAUCUUCAGAUCCUUACCUUGCGCAUGUUUUGGGAGCAGGAGUAUAUCAAAUCCAUCGAAUGGGUGCGAUAUACACAGACUGAAAUCAAGGAGUUUGUGCAAGGGAAAGCGCGAUGGCGAUCGGAAGGGCCCAAGGGCGGGGCAAUCGAAGAAACGGAAGUCAUGGAACAGACAGCGAGCGAACUGAAAGAGCAUAUCAUUGGUUUGCUGAUUGAUCUCGAACAGCGUAUAGCCGCUUUUGAUCAGGGUCAAUUCACCACCACCGUGAACGUGUAUCAGGAUAUGGACGACAGCUCCAACGUUGAACUGCCGAAUCAUCUGGAAUCGCGCCAAGUCGCUCUGGAGGAAGCAUUCGAGGACGUGAUCCUCCGCAUUGCGUUUGCGCGCACUGUGGUCGAGCAACGGCUCAGCGUAACGGAUUUUGUGUAUCGUGCCGAUGCGCUCAAGGCCAACGGUGAGAUGAUCCGGCAAGCGAUCGUCACGGCGGAAUCAAAUGCCGACGCUGAUGCCACGGACACGGAAUUUACGAGACAAGUCCAGCUGUUCCAAGAGCAAGCAUUGCAAUUGGUAACCGAAGCCGCCACGCGGAUCAUUUAUACCGAGACUUCCCAACCGUCAGAGCAGAAAGCCAACGCAGAAGCCAAUGAUAACAUUCGAUCGGUGAUUGACGCCCGCACAUCUGCCCUUGUGUUAUUUGGCGAAGCAUUGGAUCACAAACUGGCAUCGUACCGCCAUGUUUUGCAAGUACAUAAACGAAAACAGCAGAUUCAGCAAGACAUGCAUCGCUUUGAUACUUGGAUGGAUGAACGACUUGAGACUGUCAAUAGAUUCAAGGUCGAUUUGUUUGUAGGAAAAUGUACACUGGAUGACACCGAUCUGGCCAGGCUACAGAAAAUCCGUGAUGAUCAUCAGAGCAAGGUCAAGGCAGUUAAACAUACCGAUUUUCCAAAAUUGCAGGACAGCAUCAUGUGGUUGCAAGAAGCCGUUUCUUCAGCUCACAUUGUCAAUAUCGACGUGGGAACUUUUGAAGAAGAAUUUGAGCGUUUACAAGCAAAAUUGGCUCUACUCGAAUCAUUGCUCGAUUACCACACCGCGGCCCUUGCUGUCCUGCAACUUCGAAUUGAUUGGGAACGUAGGCACAGUAAAGCGAGUCAAUGGGUCGUAACGACAACCCGCAAGUUGUGGGACCUUAUUACCACCAGGGCACAGUGGCAGCCAUCCAUGAUCGAAAAGACAGUGGACAACAACGACUGGAGCAGGACAAUGGAGGAUUUUGCAGAUAUGCAACGUAAAUUUUCAGAUUUUGAAGGAAACCAACUCACACGUCUGAAUCAAGCAUUCGUGUCGUUCAUGCAGAGUCUGAAGGAUAUCGUCGACAACCAUUCACAUGUUCAGAACGACGCAGACACACACAGCAUAGAACACGUACAACGGCGUCAAGACAUACUGCAUGAAAGUAUCGGGCAUUUCUCGGAGUCCAUGGCGUAUGCUCAGGCAGUCAUAGACCAACACGUUGCAAUCACGCAGUUUGUUGAAAAAGUACGAGAGUUGGAAUCCUCGGGUCAACAGAUAUUGCAGGACAUAAAAAUGGCAUUCGACAGGAUCACCACGGAAGCAGACGCGUCAGAUUUCGACAAUGUCAUACAACAAUACGGCGAUAUUAUUCAUGAGUUGUGGAUGCAGAGUGGAUGCGAACUCCCUUAUCCUGUAUGCACGCCCAGUGCUCGCACCAACUGCCCUCUGGAUGAAGAGGACAAUGUUCACGAAGAGAUCCGUGCAGUGACACUUCAGCAAUACGACCAAUUGUUGCAUCUGAGCAGAGAGAUGCACAGCUUGAACGAAGAGUACAAACGAGCCACGUAUUUACACGCUGAAUUUCAACGUUGCUUGGAGCGGACGGCUGAUACGGAAGUGGAGGUUGCAAGGAUACGAACCAAAUUGUCCACCAAUGAUUUGGCGCAUUCGAUAACGACUUGCAUGAACAUCUCCGUGCCCGAUGAAAUGACUAUAACGGAAACAAUGAAUAGAUACGAUAGUAUAUUCAAGGCCAUGAACGAAAUCCUGGAGAUGAACCUACCUGGGCUCAUUCAACAGAUCGAUACGCUUGAAGAAGCUGUCCUUCAAUCGGAUUGUGGGCUAUAUGUCGAUAUCGCUCAAUUAAAGGACGGAUCCAACCAGUUGCAAAUGCAUGCCGAGGAAGUAGUCUGCUUGAUGACGCUCAGAAAAGAAGAACUCGCAAUUUAUAAGACGACGAUUGCUUGGAAGCGUCCAUGGUUGCAAACGUAUGAAGUGAUGGACGAAUUAACCGAUGACGUCCAUUCUUUCGAUACUUUGCUGGGUACACAAUCCAAGGAAUUUUCAUCCUCGCGUUGCGACUUUAAGGAAGCAGUAGAAAAACUGCAAAUAGAGAACCGACAAAUUGAAAAACGUUUCGUUGCCUUAGAGUCGACUGAAUUUCAAACUGCUCAGUCAACGUAUAACGAACUCGUCUGCAUUGUCAAUGACGCAUCAGACAAAAAGUUUGCACACGACCUUGAAGAACUGCAGUCGUCGCUAAAGAAAUCCAUGGACGAAUUACGAAAUAGGCUCAGUUCCCAAACGCAACAUCUGCACGCUUUGAAUCGUCGUCUCACCAUAGAGAAUCGCUUACAUGGAUGCCUGCAGCUGUUCUCUGAGGCCGGCGACCGUAUUGAGAAGUUUAUUGCGGAACAUGGUCGCGGAUCAAUGCGCUCCAAGACCGAUGAAGCAGCCAAAGAAUUUAAUGAUCCAUUGAAUCUCUUGCAUUCGGAGGCCACCGCUGCUAUCGAUAGGAACCAAGAAGUACUUGAUCAAGUGGCGCAGGAUGAGAUGGUAUGGUGUGACAGCACUCGCGAAUUACAAACAGCUGUUGAGACGAAUAUGGAGAUAUUGCGUGAACAUCUUGCCUUUGCAAAGGCAGUUAUGGAUCAACGUGUCAUUCUUGCGCAAUACUUGGAAGCCAUCGAGCGCCUUGAGCAAAAGGGCGAGGACAUCAAAGCCAAGAUCCUCAAUGCGGAGAGUACAGACACGGAUAUUGACCAGGAAGUCGAUGGAUACGCCAAUGAAAUUGACCAUGCCAUCCGGCAGCAAGACAUCUGCAUCACUUACCCUGUCCGAAGCUUUUCCGGGUAUGAGCCGGCGUCGCGUGAAUUGGAUGAACGUAGUAAUGCUUCUAUUCAAGGCAUGAUCCAUGCUCGUCAAGCACGACUGCAAGAAAUGUUGGUCUCUGUACAAUCGAUUCUCGAGUCGAAGAAACGGUUGUCACGUCGGAAAGCCAUUGAAGCGGCUUAUUACGCUGAAGCCACUGUCGUUCAGCAAUGGAUCGUGACGAAAAAAGAAGAGCUCGAGCGAGCCAUGGCCCGCAUUGGCUCCCCUACCUUUGCGGUCGAUUGUGAAGUGCUUGAUUCAGUAUGCACCAACGUACGGUCCAUUGAGUCUGCCUUGACGACGUACAGUGCUGCUUACACUUCUUUGAAAUCAUUGAUUCCGAAAGCGCAAACCAUGAUUGAGAACGACGCUUUCGAGGGCGACGAAAAAUCGCUGGCCGAAGCUGAUGUGGAUAACAUGCAGGUAGAGCAGGGCAAAAUCGAUCAUCUGUGGUGCGAACUUCAGGACAACGUACAGUCAUCUCAACAAACCUUAUCCAUCUUGCAACGGACGUCCGAAUUCAUGAAAUCAGUGGAUAGCGUUCGUAUACAGUGUGCCUCUAUCCGCGAAUCAUUGGACGAACCGCAAUGCCCUAAUAUGGAUAACGAUCACCUCAGACAAUGCAGAGAAAAACUACAAAAAAUGAGAACUGAGACGAUCGAACGAUUGCAAGCUCAAUUGGUGGAUGAAAAGCGAAAACAAGACCAACAUCAAAGCGAUGCCGCCAGCAGCUCGGCAAUUCAGGAGAUGCAAGAUGCAUUGGCAGAUAUAGAGGGUCUAUCGCGAGAUAUUUUACAGUUCAUUGAAACCACUCAUGCGCGUUUCUCCGUUUUGCACAGGCAGCGGCAGUGUAGGGAACUGUUGCAAAAACUGGAAGCAUUUGUCGGCGAGACAAUGAAUCUAUUGCAGACAACGCGCGAUGAACAGCUCAGAAAAAUUGAAAUCGAAUCUACGGACUGCAACCAGCUUUUGAAAACAUGCAACUCGGUGAAUCGAUCCAUUGAUGAUUACAUCAAACUGCUUGAUGAACAGCGUCUGUUGGUUCGUUGGAUGCAUGAACAUGACGUGGACGAUAUGCAAGCGAUUGAUCAAGAGUCGGAAAAACUGAAGCAUGGAUGGGACGAACUGCUGCAAAAUCUUUUUGACACGAGAAGAUGGGCAGCGACGGUUGGUCAGUGGUACGAUUUGCAGGCACUGCUAGAUCAAAUACAACGCGAAAACGUAGUGGCCCUACAACAAAAACUGUCUACUGUCGAUGUAACAGCCAAGGACAGCGGUAAAUCCCUAAACGAUCUCUCCACCGAACUACAGCUGGUCCAUGCCAAGUUGGAACGGGCGACGAUGACAGCAGAUAGCAUUCAAAGCGGGAUCGAAGAUUAUGACGAACCCCAUAGACUCCAUUUCAAAGAUUGGUUGGAUGGUAUUUCGGCAACUUUGGGAAAUUUGAAAGAGGCGUUAUCGAUGAAGGAAAAGGAACGAGAAGUAUUCAUCUGGCACCAAGGCUAUCGACAAUGGUUGCUGGCAAUCCAAGAAACGGCUCAGCAACUCGACCAAUCAUCCAGUGAACGUGUAGCAGCCAUCCGCGAGUAUACCUUGAAACAGGAUGCAGGAACGCUCUACCGCAAGCAAGCGACACUCUUUGGAACAGCGGAAACAACGUACAAGGAUGUCUGUGAACAAUUUGUCAAUCGGGAUCAGCGAAAGAAGGACCAAGAAUCGGCGAACCUGGAAACCGAUGACAAUGCUAUUGAAAAAUCUGUCGAGGAGACACUGGCUUCUCUCCAAAAUAGACUGCAUGUCGAAGAAACUGUGAUGGAUGUCAUGCGUCGAUUCGUAGGACUGAGCAAGAGUAAAUCGGAUAUUGUAUUGUGGAUUGACAACUGCAGCAAGGUGAUUGAUGACCUGUCCAAAGACGAAAUGAUGGAUGAAGCCGAAAUGCUGCAGGAACUGCACGAUGUGGAAACGAAGAUUGCCGGAUUCGACAAGACGGUCCAUUCCUUUGAGGGCAUGUACCAGACACUGCAGGAUACUAUCUCAGACAUCGAUACGAAACAUGAAACCAGUAGCAUGGCAAUAGCUCAUUUGCAAGAUUUGGCGACCAUGCAACUGCAGGAGACCAAAGACUACUGGAAAAAAGUCAACACACUGUUGGAUAAUUUGAAGGUCCAGACCACCAAGACGCAAUUCCAGCUGAAUAUUGUGCGCAAAUUCAAACACAUCACACUGCUCCUUGGGGAAACGCGCGACCAGUUGAGCAAUUUGAUCAUUUUUGAUGAUCGAGACACUGCCAUAUCACCUCAUCAAUUGCUCCGAUUAUUACGCGAAUCUGAAGUCAAGCCAUUGGCCAAAUCACUCGACACGAUUGAUUCGCAUAACACGGAAAAGUUGAUGAACGACAUUCGUGAGCUGGACGAGAUGCUCGAUGCGCUGGAGGAUGAUAAGACAUUUAUUCAACAACGGGCCGAGGUGGAGGCGGCCAUGGCCAGUUUGCUGCAAUCGAUCGCCGACAAGCAACAGCAAGUCACUCGAGGAUUGACGAUUGGACGAUAUUUGGCGGUGACAGAUAACACGGAAGUGUUGCUGAGCUCGUUGGAAGAAGCGAUUGAAAAAGCGGCCCCUUAUCGAGCGACGAUGAUCGGAAGUAAUUUCAGCAAGGCCGAUUUGCAAGCGAAACGUAUCGAGCUUGAUGCUCGGUAUAAAUACUACGAACGAAAGAUUACCGAAAGUUUAGAAGCAGCUACACACGAGGGGUCGCUGGUCGACGCCGAAGAUGGAUAUCAUCAAGCGAUUUCGAAACAACUAGACGAGUUACACCAACGAUGGCAUACAGUCCAAAGCCAAGUCAAAGCACGCAAAACGGAGCUUAUUCACAUCAUGGAAUCGGCGGCUGAGCAAGACACCACAAAAAAGAUUCGUAUUCGAAAAUCGUCCUUGCCUACACGUAAAGCGUCGUCCUUCCUGCGAGACCGCGAUGUGUCUUCACCUUCACGAUUAACACCGACAAGCAGUACAUCCAGUACAAGAACCACGCCGUCCGUUUCCAGUAAACUUGUUCCUUCAUCGUUGUCUUCGGGAAUUCCAGGCAACGGACGUGUACUGAGCAGUCGAUACUUAUCGCCGGCCUCGACGCACCGCAAGCAGCAGGCUUCCAAAUCGGCCACGAGUUUGAAACCACCGGCCAUUCACGGACCUCAAACUCCGCCUAAUUCAUAUGUGGCCGAUCCCGACAACGAUUUGGAUAUAGAAAUUGGUCGCAUUGUCAACGAAGCGCCGUAUCGAGUCAAGGUGAAAAUGGUGCCUGGCGAAGUCGGCCGUUACUGGUUUGGUGAUGCGAAUCCUAAACUGUGCUACUGUCGAGUAUUGAAAAGCAAGAUGGUGAUGGUGCGAGUCGGUGGUGGUUGGACGGAACUAUCCCAAUUUCUCAGGGAUCAUGCGUUGUUGGAAGGGGAUUUUAUUCCGAAAUCUCGAAGAAAUUUUGGGGAAGAGAAAAAGACGCAGCAAAAGCCUCCGACCAUUCAAGAAGGAUUUAUUGAAACUCGACGUGCUCAGCUUCCUUCGGGUCGACCGAUGCCUCGCAGCCAUCGAAGCACUUCACCGAAUCCUCCGGUGGACAGUUCCCGUUCCACCCCGCCUCAUCUUCAGACGGGAUACAAGGACGGAGAUCGGUUUAUCGCUAUGGAUCGUCACGGGAACCAACUGGAAGUGAAAAUGACCAAAUUCGAUGUAGGACAUGUGAGCGAAGUGACGAAACGACGAUUGGCAAGGCGAAAGGACAUGGCAAAAGAUAUACAGUAACCAUGGGGUUCUUAAACACUCGUUAUUGGACAAGUCUUACAAAAAUUACUGCAAGUUACUCCUUAUUUUUUGGCUUAAAAGUUUC